CGACAGCCGCCCGAGCCGAGCCGCCGCGGCCGGAGCCCGAUGCCGGGAGCUGGUCGCUGAGGGCGGCCCCGAGAUGGGGGUUCUCUGCAUCACGGACCAGCCUCCUCUGGUCCAAGCCAUCUUCAACCGUGACAUAGAGGAGGUUCGGUCGCUGCUGAACCAGAAGGAGAACAUUAAUGUCUUGGACCAAGAACGCCGAACGCCGCUGCAUGCUGCUGCCUACAUAGGAGAUGUUGCAAUCCUGGAGCUCCUCAUCCUGUCAGGUGCUAAUGUGAACGCCAAGGACACGGUCUGGCUCACCCCCUUACACCGUGCUGCGGCUUCUCGGAACGAGAAGGCACUUAACCUCCUCCUGAAGCACUCGGCGGAUGUCAAUGCCCGCGACAAGUAUUGGCAAACUCCUCUGCACGUGGCUGCUGCCAACCGGGCCACCAAGUGCGUGGAGGCCAUCAUCCCCCUGCUCAGCACCGUCAACGUGGCCGACCGGACGGGCCGCACGGCUCUGCACCACGCUGUGCACAGUGGGCACCUCGAGAUGGUGAACCUGCUGUUGAACAAAGGGGCCAGCCUGAGUACUUGUGACAAGAAGGAGCGCCAGCCCAUCCACUGGGCAGCUUUCCUGGGGCAUUUGGAAGUUCUGAAGCUGCUGGUGGCCCGGGGAGCUGAUGUGAUGUGUAAGGACAAGAAAGGCUACACCCUGCUGCACACCGCGGCAGCCAGCGGCCAGGUCGAAGUCGUGCGUCACCUGCUGAGGCUGGGGGUCGAGAUCGAUGAACCCAACUCCUUCGGAAACACCGCACUUCACAUCGCCUGCUACAUGGGCCAAGAUGCUGUGGCCAACGAGCUGGUCAACUACGGCGCCAACGUCAAUCAGCCCAACGAGAAGGGCUUCACCCCCCUGCACUUCGCUGCCGUCUCCACCAACGGGGCCCUGUGCCUGGAGCUCCUGGUGAACAACGGGGCAGACGUCAACUUUCAGAGUAAGGAGGGGAAGAGCCCUUUGCACAUGGCUGCCAUUCACGGGCGGUUCACGCGUUCGCAGAUCCUCAUCCAGAACGGCAGCGAGAUCGACUGUGCUGACAAAUACGGCAAUACCCCUCUCCACGUUGCUGCUAGAUAUGGCCACGAGCUGCUAAUUAGUACUUUGAUGACGAAUGGUGCUGACACUGCAAGGCGUGGGAUCCACGACAUGUUCCCUCUGCACUUAGCUGUUCUCUUUGGAUUUUCCGACUGUUGUCGUAAGCUACUUUCCUCAGGUCAGUUGUACAGCAUCGUCUCCUCGCUGAGCAACGAGCACGUGCUGUCUGCAGGCUUCGAUAUCAACACGCCUGACAACCUCGGGAGGACUUGCCUCCACGCUGCUGCUUCUGGAGGGAACGUUGAAUGUCUUAAUUUGCUGUUGAGCAGCGGUGCUGACUUGAGGAGGAGAGAUAAAUUCGGGAGGACUCCCCUGCACUACGCAGCUGCCAAUGGCAGCUACCAGUGUACGGUGACACUGGUGACAGCUGGAGCCAGUAUUAAUGAGGCUGACUGCAAAGGCUGCACCCCCUUACACUAUGCUGCUGCUUCGGACACGUACAGGAGAGCAGAGACUCCUUCAGGGAACAGCCAUGACACUGAUGAGGAGCCGCUGAAGGAGUCGAGGAUGAAGGAGGCAUUCUUUUGUUUAGAGUUCUUGCUGGAUAAUGGUGCUGACCCAUCCCUCCGGGACAAGCAGGGAUACACUGCUGUCCACUAUGCAGCUGCGUAUGGCAACAGGCAGAACCUUGAGCUGCUCCUGGAAAUGUCUUUUAACUGCCUGGAGGAUGUGGAGAGCACCGUUCCAGUCAGCCCUUUGCACUUAGCUGCCUAUAAUGGUCACUGUGAAGCCCUGAAGACACUUGCUGAAACCCUGGUGAACCUCGACGUGCGGGACCACAAGGGUCGGACUGCGCUGUACCUCGCCACAGAGAGAGGAUCCACGGAGUGUGUGGAGGUGCUCACCAGCCACGGCGCGUCUGCCCUGGUCAAGGAGAGGAAGAGGAAGUGGACCCCCUUGCACGCUGCUGCUGCCAAUGGGAACACGGAUUCCCUGCACCUCCUGAUCGACAGUGGGGAGCGGGCAGACAUCACCGACGUCAUGGACAUCCACGGCCAAACCCCACUGAUGCUGGCGAUCAUGAAUGGCCACGUCGACUGCGUCCACCUCCUGCUGGAGAAGGGAUCCACGGCUGAUGCUACAGACAAGAGGGGAAGGACUGCCCUGCACCGAGGGGCUGUGACAGGCUGUGAGGACUGCCUGGCUGCCCUGCUGGACCACGAUGCCUUCGUCCUGUGUCGGGAUUUCAAAGGCCGGACCCCGAUCCACUUUGCGUCGGCUUGUGGGCACUUGGAAGUCCUGAGGACUCUGCUGCAGGCAGCCCUCUCCACUGACCCUCUGGACUCUGUGGUGGACUACAGUGGUUACUCACCAAUGCACUGGGCUUCAUACAGUGGGCAUGAAGAUUGUCUUGAACUGUUACUUGAACACAAUCCGUUUGCGUACCUAGAAGGAAAUCCCUUUACUCCAUUGCACUGUGCAGUAAUUAACAACCAGGACGGCACUGCAGAAAUGCUGGUGGAAGCAUUAGGUGCCAAGAUUGUUAAUAGCAGAGAUGCCAAAGGAAGGACCCCCCUUCACGCUGCUGCCUUUGCAGACAACGUCCAUGGUUUACAGCUGCUUCUGCGCCACCAAGCUGAGGUGGACACGACCGACAAGCUGGGGAGGACUCCCCUCAUGGUGGCUUCUGAGAACGGGCACACCGCAGCCGUCGAGUUCCUGCUGUUCCAAGCAAAAGCAAAUAUAACUGUGCUGGAUGUCAACAAGAACACAGCUCUUCACCUGGCCUGCAGCAAGGGCCAUGAAAAGUGUGCCUUGUUGAUCCUGGGGGAAACCCAAGACCUUGGCCUUAUCAAUGCAAGUAACAGCGCUCUGCAGAUGCCGCUCCACAUCGCAGCUCGCAAUGGGUUGGCCUCUGUCGUCCAGGCCCUGCUCAGCAGAGGUGCCACCGUGCUGGCUGUGGAUGAAGAAGGUCACACCCCAGCCUUGGCUUGUGCCCCCAACAAGGACGUCGCCGACUGCCUGGCACUUAUCCUCUCCACCAUGAAGCCUUUCCCGCCUAAAGACGCCAUCAGCUCUUUCAGCUUCAACCUCCUCAAGAACUGCGGCAUCGCGGCCAAAACCGCCGCCUGCGGGGCCCUGCCCAACGGCGGCUCCUGCCCCUACGGCAAGGACCGGCACGGUGCCAUCGGCUUGGACGGCUGUUACUCGGAGUAGCUUAAACUAUGGGUGACCUAAUAUCUUAUUAUAUUUAUUUAGAAAUUCUAUAAAUAUAGGGCACUUUAAAGGAGAACAAGACUGGGCAGGCCGGCGAGCGUGGCCGGGUAAACCAAGAGUUCAGAGCUUCCCCUUCUCACCGGGGUUGCCAGCGCGGUGCCAAAGCUGUUGAUUGGUGUAAGGAGCAGCUCCAGUGCUGGCCCCGGCCCUGCCUGGCUCCCCCCUCUCCCCACUGCACCCUCCGAGAGGUGGACACCGUGGGAUGAGGGAUGGGGGCUAUCCCCAGCCUUUGGUUUGGGCUGGAAUGGGUCCCUGUGUUUCCUGGUGUUUCCUGGUGUUUCCUGGUGUUUGUUUCCCGGUGUUUCCCAGUGCUUCCCAGUGUUUCCUGGUGCCCAUCCCAGCCCUGCCCUGCCCUGCUCUGGGAUGCCCCCCAGGGUUGCCCCCAGCCCUUGGGACGGGGAAGCCUGAACUCUUGGUGGGACAGAGGGUGGGAAUUUGGGAAUUGUCUGGUCUGGCUAAGCGUUGGGGUGGGUGUGAGCUCCUGGCCAAGUGCCACCGUAACUGCUCCUCUCACAAUCACUUUUAUCUCACGCUCAUCCUUGCGAGUCCAAUGCAAACACUUGAAUCAAGAUCUACUGUACCUGGGACACUAAAAAAAUCCUUUUGGCAGCUGUCAUUUAUAUGCAAAAACGGGUGCUGCUGCCCAACCCCGCGGCCGGCUGGCUGCGGAUGCACUGCUGGAGCCUCCCUGCCCUCACCAGGCACUUUAGGGAUUCUGUUGGUUGGUUGUUGGUUUUUGGGUUGGUUUGUUGUUUUUUUUUUUUUGGUUUUUGUUUCCUUGGCAAAGUGUCGAAUCCUAAGAAACAAUUCCUCCUCCUUGAGUUUUUUUGUUCUGUUUUGCGUGGCUGUUUCCAUGCUAUAGUCAGUGUUGCUUUUUUUUUUUUUUUUUUUUUUUUUUUAAAAAAAAAAAAAAAAAAGGAAAAAAGUUAUUUAUAAAGAAACAAGCAUUUACCUUUAAAAAAACAAAAAAACAAAAAAAAAAUUAUUCUGAAAAUUUUAGCCUUUUAAUAGGGAAAAAAUGCACUUCAAAGUCCUUAUUCACAACCCUCCCUAAGUCUGUGUUUGUUUUCCUCAUGCAGCAUCUUGACAGGUUUAUCAGCACGUGUGUGUGUGGAAUCAUUGUGGUUUUUUUUUCUUCGGGGCUUUCUUUUUUUUUUUUGAAUUCUAGAAAUCAUAUUUAUAAUGCAGGUUUGGAGCAUUCAAGAAAGUUGCACUGGUUUUUCUCCUUUUUUUUUUUUUUUUGUUUUUAUUUUUCCUUCUGAAUUACUGUAACGUUAUCACGUGCAAACCCCCCCUACUCCUUCUCCACCGCACGAGUCUGUGUGAAGCCAAAGACGGGGAUGGAGGGAAGGGGCUGGCAGGGAAGCAGCAUCUUGGGAACCACCUUUUCCCCCGAGCUCCUUCCCCAGGUGGGAUCCCUGUGGGAUAAGAGCAGAGGGAAAAGGAUCCCCCUCUCUCCCUCUCUCCAGGAGCCCUUGGUGGGUGCUCGCCCCCCUCUUCUGCCGCCGCGAGCCUCGCGCCGCGGCUCUUCUGAGAGAAAAAACCCAUUUCUGUAACCAAAAUAAGGUGGGGUUUUUUUGAUUUGAUUCUUUUUUUCCUUUUUUUUUUUUUUUUCUCUAAAUAAUUUCUAAAUGAAGGUGGCUCCUGUCAGGGUGGCAUUGGUCAGGUUUCAGUCGUGGUGCUUUUUGGAGCCGAUGCUCCUGGGAGGCUCCCGGCGGGCCGGGGUGCUGCUGACAGCCCCUGGGAGGUUCCCCUCGCACUUGUUUCUUUCUUUUUAACCAAAGCCAAACUUUUAGAACCAAAUAUGAAGUUUCAGUCUUGGCCUUUGGGUGAUAAGCACAUUUUCUUCACGUUUCACCUAGGAUUUUUUUCCCAGCACGGUCGGGGAUUUCCUGUUGCUCCCCAGGAGCUGGGACUCCCCGUCCCGGUACCGACCCGCACUUGGUUCAGCAAAGCACUUGAGAAAUGGGUGAGAUCUGAGGGCAGGAGUGUCCCCUCCUUCGGUGCCAGUGUGGGAUGGUGUCCCCAACCCAUGGCUUGUCCCCUCCCCAACCCCCCCAGCCCCUUUAGCUUGAAAGAAAGUGUUAACCUUUCUGCACCGAAUACCUCAGUUCGGAACCAGAAUAAACUCACGAAACUUGAAUUUAAAAAGAUCCUUUUUGAAGAUCCUUUUCAGUAUUCUACAGAGGAGAACUGGAAAAAGAGACUUGUUUACAUUGCUGUCGAGUCUGCACUUGCCUCUUGCAGCUCUUUCCCUUUCUGGGAGGAAUUUGGGCAUCACUUUAUCACUUCUUCUUCUCGCUGCUGGCCCUCGCCCUCCCCGCGGGGCAGGAAAAUGGGUCCAAAGUCCUGAGCCGUCGUCUUCAAGGGCUAAAGUUCCUUUUUCAGGCACACGAAGGGGCUGAGCCACCCCCGACCUCAGCUCCUGUCCCCGGCAGCGAUUCCCAGGGACGGGACUGGGUUCGGAGCAGGGCAGACCCCAGGGCCAGGGGAAGGGGCAAGCCAGGAGGCAGCAGCCGAGCUGGGCUGUCCUAGAAGGGAUGUGGCUGUGCCCCUGGUGUCCCUUGUCCCCUGGUCCUUGGUGCCACGUGGCUUUAGCAUCGCUUGGACGCGGCGUUUUCCUGUAGCCAGGGUGAGGGUUCCUUAGAGCACACAGAGAAUGCUGCUGUUCCUUCACACCCCCUUUAAUUUGUUCUGGUUUUGGGGUUGGUUUGUUGGUUUUUUUUAGUGUUAUUGUGGUUUUCAGUUUCUUUGUUUAGAGAAGAAAACUGAUCUCUCUUGGCCUUGUUUUGUGUUACCUUCUGCUCCACGUGACGCCGGGAAGGCCGGCGAGACAAUCAAUGUGAUCUCUGUAAGGGCUUCUCCAUUUCUUCUGUGCAGCACCACGCUUCGUGUGACUGUGUGCUCUGUGCUCUUAGCGAGGAUCUUUUUCUCCCCUCCCCUCGUGUCUUAUUAAAAAUAAUAAUGCUAAUGAUAAUAAUAAUGGUGAUGAUGAUGAUGAUGAUGAUGGAGGGAAACGAGGUUUCAGCAGCGCAUCCGUGGUCUGGGAGCACAUGGGAUGGGGUGGGGUGGGAAGGGGACACGUGGCCAGUGUCCUUGCAGGUCCCAGUCUUGUUCUCCUUUAACGCUGUAUUGUAUACAUUUGACAGCACAGCUUGACAAUUUAAGUAAUAAUCAAAGUGUUUGGUAAUAAUGCAUUAUUUUGCUAAACGAGAUUUGUGAUGGUUUCCCUAGUGCAUUGUAAAGAGGGAUGGAGGGAAACUUCCGCUGCCCUGCCUGUCCCCCCAACCCCCCCAAAGCUCCUCUGGGCCGGUGCUGGGGGCUCCCCAAAUCUUCCUUCCUUCCCACCCACCUUUAUGCCAAAGUUGGACCAUUCCUGCUUCGUGUUCUGCCGGCGCGGCAGCCUUUGGUGUAGCUCUCACCAAGCAGCGACCUUUUUCGGCUUCCCCCCACCUCCCCCCCUCAAAGCUACUGAAAUCUCUUGGUUUGGAACAUGCAGGCACCGAUCACCGUCCCCUCUGCUGCCCCCACCUCUGAAAAAAAGGAAGUUUCUCUCCGCCCCCUUGGUCCAAAGCACUUGCUUCAAGUAAUAAGCACUUUUGUUAAAGCAUGAGUCUGGAUUCCCUUUAGCAUCCCACGGGAUAGAGAGCAGCAAGAGCGAAGGGAUAAGAGAGUGUCUUUGGGUUUAUUUUUUCAUUUUUAGUUUUAAGAAGAAGAAGAAAAAAAAAGUUUGUUUCUAGGGAAUGAGUGAACAAAGGGAAAGUUGCGUUUGAGAGAGAGAGAGAGAGAGAAAAGAAAAAACAAAAAAAGAUAAGAAAAAAAGAAAAAAAAAGAAAAAAAAAAAACAAAAAAAAAACAAAACAGCACAAAUACAUUUCAAGUCCCAGGUGUAUUUGCACUGCCAUUGCUAGAGCAGGGGCCGCCUGCCCUGCGGCCCCCUGAGCCAUAGAACUGCUGACGAACCCUGAAUGUAACGACCCCGCCGAGGGCACCACUCGGCACGGGCACGGCACGAAACUCAAAACGAACCCAACAAUGAGGAGAAUCUGCUGCCUGUUUCUUUUGUCGUUGCUGUUCCCGAGCUGCAGGCAAUUUGAAAGUUAUUUUUUAAUUUAGGACAAUGUUUCCCCCUCCCUGCUCAGUCCCCGAUCCUUCCCCCCCCCACCCCACUCCUUCACCUCCUUGCUCCCUCCAUCAGAAGCGAGAUGCAGAGGGAGCAGUCCCCGGCCUGGGGCUGGAAUCUGGCAGAUAUAAAGUAGCACUAAAAAACAAAGCUAAAAACUCCAAAACAAGGAAAAAAAAAUAAAAAAUAACAAGUUGUUUUUCCAUUUGUUUGGUUUGCCCCCUCUGUGGUGAGGCACUGACACCCCGGGGUCCCCCGUUAGUGAGAAGCCAGUGAGAAACCAAACCCAGGAGCAAACUGCAGAGACCCAAGAAACAACCUUUUUCUUUGAUUUUAUUCUGAUGCUGAGCCAGGGGGUUGGGGGGCAGGAGCUGCCCCCUCUCCCUCCCAGCUCCAGCCCAGGGUCCCCGCGUCCCCCCGCCUGCCACAGGGACCACAGUUGGGGGGACCUGGGUGUCCCCCCCGGUGUGACCUCUGGGGUCAGGCCAGCCUACGCUCACCUUUGCCUUCAGUGAGAAACCAAAGGAAAAACCAACCCCAUCCCCACGCCACUGGCACGGACACGCGGAGUCUUUGGUUUGGGGUGUGUUUGGUUUUUUUUUUCUCUUUUUUUUUUUUUUCCUUUUUCUUUCCCUUUUCUCCUCCUUCUCUUUGUGUUUUCUCCAAGGACGCGAGGAUGUGUUCAAACCUCUUCUCCUGCCUGAAUAUUUGGUUUGGUUUUGUUGUUUUGGUUUUUUUUUCCCCUGGGCUCGGCCGAGCUGGGUUGCAUUUCGAAAGGAGAAAACAAAACAAGAACCCACAAACCCCAAGAAAGCCAAGACUCGGCGGGAUCGGGGAGGCAGAGGGUAACGUAACACAUGAGGCCAGACCCAGGGGUGGACCGGGGGCUCUCGGUACCGUGGCUCUUAAAUGAAAACCCCUGGAGUCACGGUGUGGGGCUGGGACGGAGCCGGAGCCCCCGCGGGGCAGCGGGGAAGGGGGAGGAAUCUCCGAGGACUCGAAGGCAUCUGUAGCAAGCUCUGUGUCUUUACAAUAUCCUGUGUGUAAAUGCUGCACCUCUGUAUAUUAUGCACAUAAACAUUUCUUUGAAUAAGAUAGGACAGACCUCAUCACCAGUCAGGUACCAACGACUCCUCCUCCUCCUCCUCCGUGUCUCGGUGUUCUGGCGUGUGUGUUGUGUGCAAGCAGUUUGUCUGUGGGUCCGUGUGUCCGGGUGUUGUCUGAGCUUCCCGUGCAGAGGAAAAGGAGGGGGGAAAAAAAAAAAAAAAAAAAGUUUAAAAAAAA